AAAAAAAAAAAAACAUACGUAACACAAAGAGAAGAGAAGAGAAGAAGAAAUAAAAUAGGAAGGGAAAUUUAUUUAAGAAAAACAACAAUAAUAGUACUGAUUAAAAAAAAAAAAAAAAAAAAUAGAAAGAAAAGCUCUGAAAAGAAUUACCAAAAGAACGCACAAAAAGUAUUUUUCGGCAAUAGCGGAACUCUUCAGACAUGAAUGUGACAUCGGAGGUGGACAUUUUCAAGAACGACAGCUACAACGUGAGCAACGGUCUCGAUUGCGGCGGUGAAUUGCACUCGUACAGGGUAUGGGAGCGCGUGGUGAUCGUGAUAAUCGCCGUAGUCCUCAGCCUGACCACCGUGAUCGGUAACAUAAUGGUGAUGGUGUCGUUCAAGAUCGACAAACAGCUGCAGACGAUCUCAAACUACUUCCUGUUCAGCCUGGCGGUGGCUGAUUUCGCGAUCGGUCUAAUUUCCAUGCCUCUGUUCACGGUAUACACCGUGCUCGGCUACUGGCCCCUCGGCCCUUACAUUUGCGACACGUGGCUGGCGUUGGAUUACUUGGCGAGCAACGCGUCGGUGCUGAACCUCCUUAUAAUCAGCUUCGACAGAUACUUCUCCGUUACGAGGCCCCUCACGUACCGCGCCAAGAGAACCACCUCCAAGGCAGCCAUCAUGAUCGCAUGUGCCUGGGGGAUUUCGCUGCUUCUAUGGCCACCGUGGAUUUAUGCCUGGCCGUACAUCGAGGGCACCCGAACGGUGCCCAUUAACGCCUGCUACAUUCAAUUCAUCGAGACGAAUCAUUACAUCACGUUUGGUACCGCGAUCGCUGCGUUUUACAUGCCCGUCACUGUGAUGAUCAUUCUUUACUGGCGGAUAUGGAAGGAGACGAAGAAACGGCAGAAGGAUCUCCCGUAUCUGCAAGCUGGAAAACAGGACGCCAGUAAGAGGAGUAACUCCAGCGACGAAGCGUUGGACAUGGAAGAUUGUAGAAGACCUAGGAGCGAGUCGAGCACAGGAGUCGAAGAUGCGAACGCGACACACAUCGCAGUCUCUUAUCUGGAGAAACAUUAUCCUCAAUACAGAACGAAACAUAGACCAUUUUCAUGGAUGUGGCUGAAGAUGUGGUGCGUUGCAUGGUGGCACAGCGGUCGCGAGGAUGACGACGAGGAGGAGGACAUAGAAGGUGCUGAAAGUAGUCGCACAGGACACGGUUACGACGAGGCUAUAACGCCGUUGUCAGUGGAAACCCCUCUCACCGGCACGGUCUCACGAUCUGCCUCUCUGAGCGGGAUCCAUCCUACCACGUUGACCGUUGAGAAAACCAUCAGUAUAGCUGAUAACCACGAUUACAAAAAGACUAAGAAAGUCGGGGAACUGUCGACGAAAAGUGUCUCCAGCGAUUCUGUGUACACAAUUCUGAUCCGGCUUCCGACACGUGACACCGGCGGCGUGGGAAAAUACACGGAGGGGCCGAGCAUAAAAAUGUAUCACGAGGAGACGGUGAGCCCGUCGUUGAUCACCAGGAGGCCGUCUCACAUGCCCGACAUAAGGAUCCCCCUGAAUACGAAGAACAUCCCGAAAGUGUUGGCGAGCAAACCGGCUGCGAACAAAACCGCGAACAAGAAGAAGAAGAAGCUGCAGGAGAAGAAGGCCGAUCGAAAGGCGGCGAAAACGUUGUCGGCCAUUUUGCUGGCGUUCAUCAUCACCUGGACACCGUACAACAUUCUCGUUCUAAUUAAAUCCAUCACAGCCUGCUCCUGGUACAUACCGCAGGAGCUAUGGGACUUUUUCUAUUACCUUUGUUACAUCAACAGUACUGUGAAUCCAAUGUGUUACGCCCUGUGCAACGCGGCGUUCCGACGAACAUACGUGAGGAUCCUCAAGUGCAAGUGGCAUAACAGGAACAGAGCCGCGAUCGACAGAGGAUGAUAUCAGUAGAAACGCCCGGCGUGCAACGUUCUGCGCGUUCAGGGGCGUGCUAUCUUCUCUAUCAUUUUCUCUCUUCUCCUUUUAAAUCAUUCCUCCAAACGUGCUUGCCGAUGAUAAGGAAACUGAGUUGCUUUCGUGAGUCGUGACUUGACAGAGUUGGCUGAAAUUAUAUAUAUAUGUAUAUUCGAAUGACACGUAAAUGUGAAUACAAACUCAUUCGCCACUAACCUUGAGUAGAUAAGUUAUUCGAGGCAAAAACAAAGAUUUAGUUAUAUAAUUACAUCGUAGAACGGAGUAAAAAUUAUUUCGAUUGCAUUGGAUAUGAAAUCAAUUGUUGACUAUAUUGGCUUUUACGGUGGAUUUUAUUUCUGAGAAUUUAUUGCUUUUUAGUAGGUCAAUAAACUUACUCGAACAAUUGUCUGGGAUAAUUCGAAAUAACGUCUGGCUCUGUCUGUUUAUUUCUAUGUGUUGAGCAUUCUUAAUUAUAAAGUAUCUCGCUUUUGCUAAUCGACGAGGAAAUCAGACAAAUGUGUUGUUCUGUUAACUUUUAUAUUUUCGUUAUAAAAAUCGUACUUGUUUUAAAAGCGAAUUACUUUUUUCUUUAUAGGCAAGUAAUACGUGAGAUUAGUAAAAGAAAUUUUCAGCAAAUUUUCAAAACGAUCUAAAAAACAACAUAUGUUUGUAGAAAGAUUUAAAAUUCAAGCAAGUUAAAAACUCGAAGAUUUCAUUUCAUAAUUCUAGGUGUUAGAUUAGGGGAAACACAGGGUGUUUACAACUCGACUUGAUAAAUUUUAUAAGGUACAUUUUGUACGCGAUAUUUCACAUGUGUAAUCACCAUUGCACUAGGUUUUUCAAUUUACAAUUUAUGUUUCCUGCAUAAAAAUAAUAAUUGACGUAGAAAUUUCUAUAUUGAAAAAACACUGGAGGAGAAAGCAAGAUGUAUGAUUUUUAAUUGUACGAUAUAUAUACAUAUAUAUAGAAGUGAUAAUAAUUACCAAGAGAUUGGAAUAAUUUAUUAGUGAGAGAGGGAAGGAAUUCUCUUUUGAUUUUUGAAGUCGAAACUUGGAAUGAUCUCAGAUGUUCGCGGUUAAACAGCUCAGAUUUCCGCGUUUGAGGCAAUGCAACGUGAAUACUGCCAUGAAAAAAAAAAAAAAAAAAUCUUUAUAAAUAUAUUUCUGAACCGUACAAAAGGAAAGACAAGGAGGGUGUUAGAUAACCGGCACGUGCGCGACAGUGCCAAAAUUUGUGACUUGAUUUCAGCGGCGAUCGGAGACAGUGAUCCUGCCGCGGAUCGAGUUCUUUUCUAUUGUUUGUGAAAUGAGAUCAGUUUCUGCAAACAUGAAACGUUGCGUGAAAUGACGCUUGGAAAUCUGUUGAAAACCUGUAGUCACCAAGAGUAAAACCAAACAUCAAAAACUGUUAAUUUGUUAAACACCGAAUCAAAAUUAAUGCUUGAUUUUUGGAAAUUUAUUAAAAGCCUUGAUUGAUUGCGAGAUUGGCUCGGUUUUCAGGAUUGUCGUCGCUGAAUAUGCAGAUGUAACGUGUUCGGGGAACUGACUGAAUUUCAUGAACCUCCUACACACACACAAAGCUAUACCGCACAAAAAAACGAAAUCUAUUUGAAUCCUAAGGAAAAAAAAAAAACGUUAAUAAACAAGCAUUUUCUCGUGCGUUUUAUUCGAGAAACACACAACGCACUCGAUGUACAUUUUAAAUAGUAGUCCAGUUGUAAAUGAGUGUUUUAAGUGUAAUUAGUCAUGAAGAACCAAAAAAAAAAAAAAAAAGAAAAAGAAAAAAAAACAAGCGCUAUUAUACAUAGAGAGUGUAUGUCAUAACUAUAAUGGCAACAAAGUGGAUAUAAAGGAAUAUAAGAAAAAAAGAAAAAAAUAAUAAUAAUAAAGCGCUGCAUCGAUUCUUUCAUGUUAAGAAGGAAAAAACGUUCUAACACUUUCGUAUUAAAUAACAUUCUAAUCACACGUGCCAAACGAAGCUUUAAGAUAUCAAUAGUAUAGGGCGGUAAUUUAAUAAAUGUAUCCUUUCAAAGGUAUACUUGUAUUAAAUCUACAAAUAAGGACUUAAGGAUUUGCUGUCGUUUUUUUUUUUUUUUUUUUUUUUUUUUUUUUAUUAUGAACGUUUACUGUAAAAUUUUUUCUUUACGAAAGAACGUUACACGGUUUUCUACAGUUGUGUGUACAGUACUUCUCGGAUAAAUGGAUACAACAAUGAUUUUCUAUACGAUGGUACAGAUCUUGAUAGUGUCACUAGUCAUUUUUAACAAUUGACAUAUUACUUUGUUACUGUUUACUGUUCUAAGAGUAGUUUAUGGGUUAUUCGGAGGCUAUAUUGAUCUAUUGAUCUGAUCAGUUCUGUAAAAUUGAAUUUUCUUUACAAUCAAAGGCGAAAAAAGGUGAAUUUGAUUUCUGAGAGAUUCGCUUAUUACAUAUAGUGAGUAUUAAUAAUGGAUGACUGAGAUUUUUAAACUCAAAUUGUUACACGCGACAAUUUACUGAGAUUCUCUUAAUUUUUUUCUAAUAUUUUCUUUGAGAAAAUCUCAGUAAUAUUUUGAUAACUACACGUGAAUUAAUAGACAGAAAAUGAUAGAAAUGAUCUACAUGUGGACACUUAUCCGGGGACUAUUGUAACUUGGUCAUUCUACGUCAGAUUUAUAUAUUAUAAUGAAGACUAAAUCGGCUUUUCAAAUAAUCCACGUCUAAGUAAAAUAAAUUUAUAAUUUCUAACUUGAUGAAAGGUAAAAAUUAACUUUUUUUCUUAUUAAAUGUGUAGCAGAUAAAUCGAGUUCCCAAAACUAAAUUAAUAAUGCAGCAAUUCAACAGUAAACUAUUCACAUUAUUGAUGUAAUACUAAUAACAAUGUUGGAUGUUUGAAUAUAGUUAUUGUAAAAGUUCAUUAUUUAUAUAAUCUUGAAUUGUCGUUGAAUUCUGCUUAGGAACAUAAGUACAAAGUAAUUCAUUUCUCUGAGACGAGUCUUUGUCAAGGUAUUCUGUGAUCUUUAUUGAAACUACCUUUUUUACACACACAUAUAUAUAUAUAUUUUAUAUUUAAUAUUUAUUUGUAUACAGUUUAUCACUCUAUAUAUUGGCGGACAACUCUGUUCCUUUUUUUUUCUUUUUUUUUUUUUUUUGCAGAAUAUUGUUACGUUAAUUUAUUUGUUACGCUUAAUAUUUCUGUAUGCCCGUUUAAAAUAGGAUUUCAGUAUUUGUCGUCGUUUAUUUUCAUGCGGUCACUUUUUACAACCAAUUCAUUUACACUGUUGUAAUAACACAAUAAAAUAUAAUUCAUAUUUGAAUGUGAAAUAUUAUCAACAUGAUACAGGACGUUUCAAAACUACAGGUUGACCAAGCAGAGAGUUUACAUAACGAUGAAAGAAGUUCAGUUUUAUUUUUUAUUUUAUUUUAGUAAAAGAAAUUGCAAACUUUUGUAGCCUGCCAAUCGGUUCCCCCGUGAAAUUUGUCUCUCCGUUCAUUAAUAUUGUUAAUUAGUUGUGCAUCAUAUUUAAUUUUAUUGCAUUAACAUAUAUUAAUGCAAUAAUUCCACGUUGAUUACUGCUUCCACUUUCCAAGCCUCUAAUUUUGAAACAACCUGUAUAAAAUCUGAUUAUAAAAUUCGAAAACCCACAAAGGAUAUUGCUCGAGCCAAAAAGGAACCAUGUUAUUUCACUUUGUGAAAUGUCUAUAAAUUUCAGAGCCCCUCGUUGUUAAAAAUUUUGAAAUUUCUGCCGGAAGAUUAAAAAUCAAUUUGUGUGCUAAAGUCGACUGAUCAAGCCUCGUUGAUACUGCCAUUUAAAGUUCUAAAACUCUAGAUUUUAAUAAGUCACGAAUUCCUUUUUAAAGUAAUCUCUUUCGUUUGAUGUAUUAUAAAAAAUAAAAAAAAAAAAUAAAAAAACAAUCGUCUUCUACAUUGAAUGAAAAUUACUAAUAAAAGGAAAGCCGAUUCCGUUUACAUCAACAUUCGACUACAAUUUGUUUAAGUUGUGGUAUAAUUUCCAACCUAAUAUACUAAAACUAAAGAAACAUGAAAAAAAAAAAAGAGAAAUCGAAAGUAUACAUUUAUUAAUUAAGCACACGGUCAACUUGACAGCAGUCGCGAAUCAUUUUAAGGAGCGUGUUUCGUAAUUACUCUAGAAACGAUGAGCAAUCACAUAAUUCAUAUGUACCUUAUAUUUAUCUCUCAGAGUUGGGCAAAAUUUCAUUCGAACAGAAAUCUCUUUGCGUUAACAUUAUGUUGCAGAUAAACUGUUUCUAAAAUCUAAGUACUGAAUACGUUUCCAAAUUUUUUUCAAUUCAAUUGUCUUUUCUCUCGGUGAACUUUUCUUUCAAAUGUUUCAUUUUCGAACGAUCUUAUCGCUCAUUGAUGAUUGAAGUUAGAUAAGUUCAGUGAAAUAAAAGAUGUUGUUGCUCGAAUAAUUUUUCAGUCGAGAGAAAUUUAAAUGAAUCGAGAAGAUGAUAGACAUUCGAAUAAAGAAAUGAUUCGAGUGAUACUCAACUCUGCUUAGAACCGUGUAUUAUAAUUGUAAAUACGUGCACAUGCGAGAAACGCAGUUCGAUGUUUAAUGUUAAAAGAAGAGCCGGCGACGGGGGGGGGGGGGGGGGGGGGGGGGAGUUGAGAAGUGAGGAGCUGCUACGUGUACAGAGACCUCCCAAGUAACUCACGUUCCUUAACACGACUGUUGCAAAGUUCUCCUAGUUAAUGUAAAACGUCGUCGAUAUAAAUUGCGAGAUUCGUGCGGAUGGUGAAUUGCUGCGCAAAAUAGUGCGAGCCAAUUUUCAUACGCACACAUCUGUGUAAAUAAGGAACGAUCAACUUACAUUACCAGUUCAGUUGCAUUUAUUUCCUAAUAGAACAGCGAUUUUUGCUAGAGUAUUUGUGAGAUAUUUAUUUUUUUAAAUACGAAUUAUAUUUAUUGAACGAAUUCGAUUGUCGAUAUAUUGAACAGACCGCAAAUUGCAAAUUAUGUUGAUACUGAUAUUGGAAACUUGAUUUAUUUGUUUUAAUUUUAAUUUUUCUACUACGUUUUUAUUUUUACUCCGAACCUUUUUAUCUAAUCUUUAUCUUUCAUCUGGCGAUUAAUUUAUUUUAAUUGUUUCUUUAGGUAAUAUAGUGAUUAAUUGGCGAUGUAAUCCAGUGACACUAAUUUUUUAUUUAUUUAUUUAUCUGCUUCUCUUUAUUUAUUUAUCUUAAUUUGUCUUGGACGACUCGUGUUGUCGUUAUGACAUUGAUGUAACAUCGUUUAUAAUCAUUUCGCAAUUUUUUUGCGCAGUAGCCUCGAGUACCUAACGAAAGAAAAGAAAAAAAGAAAAGAAAGGAAGAGAAAUUUGCCAAGUAAGAAAACCUACGCACAUAAACAUGAUUAUAACAUUCAUAUAUACAUAUACGUAUAUAUAAUAUACAUAUAUAUAUAUAAAAUAUACGAUAUAGAAGGGAAGAUGUACCGUAAGGUGUGCCAAUUUUUUAAUUUUUACAUCGGUUCGAGCGUCAAACGGGAAAAAAAAAAAAGAAAAAUGUAUAUUUGUUGUACGUUUCCUCUAGGAGAAGAAUGAAAAAAAAAAAAGAAAAAGAAAAAGAAAAAGUGAAAAUGUAACGAAGGGAGGGGAACGUGUCCGAAGCCUCCGCUCUACUUUCGUCGAUAUCCGAUUCAAGUUUUGGACACGCACAACUGGAAAUUUUUUCACCAGUUUCGUGGACCUCGCGCGCGAAUGAAUUCUCGAAUCAAACUCGAUAUUAUUCGUGCGCUAUUUCGAAUUUUCGCGGAGAGACGGAAAGGGUGAGAUCAAAGAAAUCAAAUUUCAAGCUUGGAAAAACUCGAAGACGAAGUAACAGUAAUAAUAAUAAUAAUCGUUAGAAAAAAAAAAAAAAAGAAGAUAUUUCAUCAAACUGCGGACGUGUUCAAUUUUUUCACUGUACAACCGAACGAUUUGCAACUCCUCGACUCGGAUGUUACCCCCCGAUUUCAAAUACUGUUUAAUUACUAUUUCAUUGGAUACGAUACGCAUACCUUACCGAGCACCUCUUUUGCGUAGAGCCGUGUGUAUUACUUGUAGGACGGUAGAGAAAUUUGUAUUUUCGCUCUCGACACGAGUAACAACAUAAUUCAUAUAUAUCCUAUUCUAUAUAAAGACGGACGAUAUAUAAAUAUCCUCGGGAAAAUAUUUUCUUACCACUUCUCUCAAAACUCUCAAUUUCCAUUUUUCGGCGAUUUUUGUCCAUUUCUUCUCGAUAGGUAUGUAGGUUUCGUGGCUCGGACUUUUGUCGAAUAGCUUUUUCAAUUGCAAUAAUUCGCGAUAAUCGGUGGUCGUUGAUUUUUCAAAAUUCAUUGUGUCGUUGUUAACGAGGUGUGUAAUAUCAUUUCUUUUGUCCACAAGUUUAGAGAAGCAGAAGCAUGUAAGCUGCAAAAGAAGAGAGAGAGAGAGAGAGAGAGAGAGAGAGAGAGAGAAAGGAAAAAAAAACUUGUACGUAGUAGAGCACAGAGUAAAAAAGAAGAAGAAAAAGAAUUGUGUCGAACCGUUUCAAAAUGACGAUGUCUUCGCAUAAGCGUGUUAUCGAAAUAAC